UCCUAGCCUAAUCCUCCGCGAGGCCGUUGUUGGCUCGUCGCAGCAGAGAACGGCGCGGAUGGGUGAAUUUCUACAUAGUCAUCCUUAUGUACCAACGGACCUGAUUCUUCCUGGUUUUGUUCCGUGCUUCCUCUCUCAGUCUACCAUUCUUGCAGUCUAUGGCAUCGCUUCACUGGCCGUCGUCUCCUCCGUCUGGAUCUUCUCCGGAUACCUUCCCAAGAUAACAAAAAGUGAUCGAUUUUUAAUGUGCUGGUGGGCCUUUACAGGCCUCACACACUUGAUACUUGAGGGUUAUUUUGUUUUCUCACCAAAAUUUUACCAGGAUAAGACUGGUUGCUACCUGGCUGAAGUUUGGAAGGAAUACAGCAAAGGGGAUUCAAGGUAUGCUGCGAGGGAUGCAGGUAUUGUUGCUGUUGAAGGCAUAACAGCAGUUUUAGAGGGUCCAGCUAGCCUUCUUGUGGUAUAUGCAAUAGCUUGUGGAAAGUCAUAUAGCUAUAUACUUCAGUUUGCCAUCUCUUUGGGACAGCUAUAUGGAGCUGUUGUUUAUUUUACCACAGCAAUAUUGGAAGGUGAUAAUUUCUCUGCAAACCAGUUUUACUACUUCACAUAUUAUAUUGGCGCAAAUGCUUCUUGGCUUGUUAUACCCUUGCUUAUUGCCAUUCGCUCUUGGAGGAAGACUAGUGCUGCAUUUCAGGUCCAAGGACAGACAAAAAAGGCAAAAGUUCGCUGAUGCAGACUGCAAAUGAUCUGUUUUAAACUUUUAAUGAUCCUGUAGUUUUAAUGAUUUAUAGUGAGAAGUUUGGGACGGGAAAGAAUGUUUGGAUAUUCAAGACAGAUCUUUGGAUAUUAAAUAUUAUUCCAGACAUCUGUAAGAACUGCAUCGGUUCAUUCUUAUAUUGCUCAUCUACCAGGUCCCCAAAAAAAAAAAAAAAC